GAAAACGAGAGGUGAUGUCCGCCCGCUUAUGUCUCUUAAGAUUACAAUGUUUGCGACAUUUCGUCCAUACUUCAAGAAAAAUACAAUUCCCUGUUCAUAUCAAAAUGCCAUCUUUGUCCCCAACCAUGUCUGAGGGCUCAAUCGUCAACUGGGUUAAGAAUGAAGGAGAGGAUGUAGCUGCUGGAGAUGUCCUCUGCGAAGUUCAGACGGACAAAGCGGUUAUUGCAUUUGAGUCAGACGAGGAAGGUGUACUUGCCAAAAUAUUGGCACCCACCGGCUCAUCAAAUAUCAAAGUCGGUAGUUUGAUUGCUGUGUUAGCCACUCCAGACGAGCAUUGGCAAGAGGUGGCUGCUUCCGCCGCAUCACUAUCCCAGCCAUCUACAGCGGACAGUAUUCCAAAGCAGUCAGGAAUAAAUCACACCAUUCAAGAACCACAGUCAUACCGCCUUUGUUCCAUGGGACCUGCGGUUCGUCUUCUGUUACAGUCACACGAUAUCGAUGGAUCUCAAAUAAUUUCUACAGGGCCACAUGGUCAAUUGCUUAAAGGGGAUGUUUUAGCAUACAUAGCUAACAACGAAAUUAAACCUGUUGUAUCUAGUCAAGAAAAAUCAAUUAAUGAUAUUCCCGCUAUACAAACUGUCUCGUCAGCAGCCAAUUUCACAGAUAUCACGUCAUUGAAUAUGAGGAAUUCUUUCGCCCAACGUUUGUCAGAAUCAAAAUUGUCUAUCCCACAUGAAUAUAUUCGCGCAACUGCUCGCAUAGAUCGUUUAAAUGAAUUGAUAACAGAACUGAAAGUGAAUUCGGAUAUAAAUUUUUCUAUAAACGAUUUCAUUGUCAAAGCUUGUGCUUUAGGCUUAAGGCUUGUUCCAGAUUUAAACGCCAUUUAUGAUUCUCAAGCCGAGUCUCCCAUUUAUCUGAGAUCAGUCGAUUUAAGUAUGGCAGUAACAACUAGAUCAGGGUUACUUACGCCCAUUUUGCAUUCUGCAGACUCACUUAUCGUUUCUGAUAUUUCGAAGUUGUCACAACAGUUAGUGCAGAAAGCACGAGAUGGUAUAUUACAACCACAUGAACUUGACGGUGGGAGUUUCACGUAAGUGUCUGUUUUUAAAUGUUUUCUAGUAAACCAUAAUCCUUAAAUUUUCAACAACCAUACGCAUUAAAAUAUGAAGCAGUGUUUGUUAAUAUAAUUCAUUAAAUUUCCAUUAAUAAAGAUAGAGAAAUAAUUCAUCCAAAUCCUGGAAGAUUCCAAUUAUUUUAAAUUAAAACUCAGUGCAAUUUCUAAAUCAUCCAGCGGCCACUGUUACUGGUAAGGUUAACUUAUUAAGAGCUGAGCGUUGUAACUCAACUUCGCCUAAAGUCAUUAAAUUAGUUUUCCAAAGCUUUAUUAGAGAUAUUACAAACACCUAGGCUCAGCGCAACACGAAAGUAAAGUAUUAGGAAUGACCAACUGUGAAAUUAAUAUCAACCUUAAAUAUUAAGAGGUACAGAUAUUCAUAGUUUUAGGCACUAAAACCAUUUUAGUUAAAAGUAAAUCUUCCUUACUUGCAUUACAAAUUCAUCACUAAUUUCAGUACUAAAUACCUCAUGAAUUGUUUAGAUUUCCAACUUUAAAAAAUAGUAAAAAUAAAACACUAUAUAUCACUCAGCCUUUCGUUGGUAUGUAUUGGGGAACCCGGAAUUUGUAUAAGUUUUAUGAAUAAUCCGGUUCGCUACUCAUGAGCCCUUUAUUUUAUACAAGAUAGUCCAUGCACGACUUCGUGAGUUAGUGUUACGCAAAUUUCGUAAAUUUAUCCAUCUUUCUUUUCUUAACAGAAUCUUUAAUCUUGGAAUCUACGAUAUUCGAGAGUUCACCACUAUUGUGAAUCAUCCUCAAGUAGCUAUUUUAGCUGUUGGAACUGAUUUGCCAGAGGCUUGUAUCUCAACAUCAUGUACAGAAAAUGAAAUAACUUUUUCAACCGAUAUAACGCUAACAUUGUCAGUGGACUCACGAUGUGUAAGUGAAGUUGCUGCAUGUUCUUUCUUGAAGUACGUUUGUAGUUUGUUAGGAGACUAUCCGCAUCUUUUGCUCGAUGGUGAUCCUCUUUCUUUGUUAUUGAAGCGUAACAAUACAUCCUCUCGACGAGAUGAUGAAUUUGAUAACUUAAUCCUUUCGAAAGUGAAUACGGAUAUUAUUCAAACCUUAGUUUGAUUCACUGAUAUGUGCUGUACCUUACUAUUUCUCCUAGUUUAAUUUAUUCUUUACUUACAGUUAUUCUAUUUUGAAAGUUAUAUACAUCUGUAAAAGCAACUCCCAUUGAAAAAAAUAGGCUACUAAUAAUUUUGGCUGUUCACUUUUGUUUUACUGAUUAUUAAUUAGAAUUCCUAUUUGUACUGUCUUAUCAUGGAUAAAUACAUAACUUAUAAGGUAAAAGUAACUUGCUAACCGUCACGAAUAAAUAAUAUUUAUUUCGUACAACACUACAAGUGUCAACCUUAUGACCGAUCUCAACCAAAUGUUUCUCAAUGGAGGAAGAUGUCUGUUUAUCCUGUGAUUUUAUUUGACCGUUGGAAUUCAUUUGUUUCUUCACCCAUUUGCGUAUGUGUUCCCCCACCCUUAAUUGCAGACCACGAUUGCUCCUCCCUAUGUACGUGUUUCCGCACAUACAUGUAAAUUGAUGGACACAAAGCCCCCAAAUGCCCUGGUACG